UAGACACAUUUCGUGUCAUUCGUAAACAAACAAAACUCCGUGAUGGAUGGCAGAUAUAGCUUUCGUCGGUUUAUUAUUUUAUUUUGCUGUCCUUCUUAUGUGAUACUUACCCAUUAUCCUACAGUUUUCUGGACAACAAACAACUGCAGAUUCAACUUGAACAAAAAUGGACAGGAAGGAUACAAAAUUAACGUGAAAGCAAUGAGCAAUAUGAUCUUCAUGUGUCCCCACAUUUCAUUGUGGGCGGGUAAAACUGAUGAUAACCCCACGCGUAGCAUGAUGUACUCCAAUGUCCUUUUGGUUGACAGAGAGAGUUACAUGAGUUGCGACAUUAAAAACGAAUCAAACGUAAAAGAACUAUUAACUUGUAAAAAAGACCCAAUGGGGAAAGAAGUUGACUUUGUUAAGCAGACGUUCGCCAGUCGACAUGCCGACAGUACUAAACACCCGUAUCAUGGUGGAAAUCAUUACUAUUUCAUCUCGACAUCAAAUGGUUCUCUUGACAGCAUCCACAAUAGAAAUGGCGGUUAUUGUCGAACGCAUCACAUGAAGCUCGUUAUUUACGUUUGUAAGGAUGAUGAACCUUGUGAGUUUGAAAUGCCUAGCUGUUCAAGUGAAGGUCAUCCACCAAAUAUUAAACCACAACUAAAAGGCUGCAACUCGUCGAAUGUUCCAACUGAUGGUGUUCUCUCUGUACAAGCGAGCAAACAGAAAGGAUUGCUUAACGAAGAGCAACAUGUGAUUGUUUACGCCAUCUUGGGCUUUAUAAUAUUAAUUCUGCUCCUUGUAAUAUGCUGGCUUGUGAGAAGUAAACUUUCGCCCACAGACGAAGGCGCAAAUAAGACCAAAAAACCUUUGACGAAGAAUUCAGAUGGUGGAGUCCGUGUAUGAAAAAAAAAUCCGAGAAGAUUAUCUUAUUUUCUAAUUGUUGAGUUUUGAACGUUAAAAUAAAUGUUGUUUAAUUUCUUUAACUAAAAUUUAGAUAUGCGAAGCAUAUAUACUUUGACAAUAAGGUAGUGUAUUGUAAAAUAAUGUGUACUAUAAUGACUCGUAAAAUGACUGGAUUGAUGGAGUGUCCGUUACAUGUUUGGAGAUGUUCAUCGUACGAACUACAUGUACAAACAAACAAUGACUUUCCAACGUAGAUGUAAAUAAAUUAAAGUUCGCAUUGUAAAUUUGAAAAUAAAUUUCCUUAGUAGUAA